AAGAACAAAAUCAGUUGUGUUGUAGUACCCUUGGGUGAUCCAAUACACGAAAAGAAUGAUUGGCAAAGUAAUUGCGGCUAUUGCCUUUGUGGCAAUUGCUGCCGCUCAAUAUAAUACCCAAAAUUCUCCAUACUCGACGUCCAGCAAAAUCGUAUGUUACUAUGAUACCAAGGGACAUUUUAGAAGUGGAGAUGCUAAAUUUGAAGACGCAUUUUUAACUGAACCCCUUCAGUUCUGUACCCAUCUCGUUUAUGGUUUCGCCGGUGUAAACCCAACUACAUGCAAGGCAAUUCCGUUAAGUGAACAAUUCGACGUAAUUCAAAACCACUACAGAGACGUGACCAACCUUAAGCGUCGUUACCCUGGUUUGAAAGUACUUCUAUCCAUCGGUGGUGGCCGAGACGAUCCUGAACACUCGGAGAAAUACUUAAAACUCCUCGAAUCUGUGGACACUCGUCUUGCCUUUGUCGAAUCGGCCGAAGCACUCGCAACCUCCUACGGUUUCGAUGGCAUCGACUUGGCGUGGCAAUUCCCGCCAAACAAACCAAAGAAAAUUCAUGGCACUUGGUCUGGAAUUUGGAGCAAAAUUAAGCACACAUUCGUCUCGCCCAGCGAAAUCGACCCGAAACAUGCCGAGCACAUGGAGCAGUUUACCGCACUGGUCCGCGAAAUGAAAAACGCUUUGGCCCACAAGGGUCUUUUGCUCUCCAUGUCUGUCUUGCCAAACGUAAACAGCACAAUCUUCCACGACGUACCCAAGCUAGCCCCCAACCUUGACUUGGUCAACUUAUGGGCUUUCGAUUACUUCACCCCACAACGUAACCCCAAAGAAGCCGACUACACCGCUCCGCUACAUGAGCUGAUCGAUCGCAAAUACGACGAAAACGUAAACGGGCUCGUCCAACAUUGGAUCCACAAGGGAUGUCCUAACAACAAGAUCAUUUUGGGCAUUCCCACUUUCGCCAGAACGUGGAAGAUGAGCAAGGAUUCGGGUUUGAGUGGAGUGCCGCCGAUUUCUGACAUUAAAGGUCCCGGUGAAGCGGGUCACCAUACCAAGGAAGAGGGUCUUCUUAGCUACGAAGAGGUUUGCACUCAGUUGACCAAUCCUCACCACAACGCAAACGCUUUGAGAAAAGUCGGCGAUCCCACCGGCAAAUUUGGAACCUACGCCUUUAAGUUACCCGACCAUAGCGGACAUGGUGGCAUUUGGGUUUCCUACGAAGAUCCCAGUACAGCUGAAAAUAAAGCAACCUACGCUCGCAAUAAGGGAUUAGGUGGUGUGGCUGUUGUUGAUUUAACUUUGGAUGAUUUCCGCGGAAAAUGCAACGGAAACAAGUACCCUAUUUUACGGGCGGCAAGAAUGCGUUUGUAAGUAAUAUGAUAAAACGUGUUAAAACUCAUUGUAUGUGUUGUUGAAGCAAAAUAUAUUUUUAUUAAUUAAG